AUGGACACCAUCAACUCAAUAGACACUAUUAACCCCAUAGACACCAUCAACCCCAUAGACACCAUCAACCCAAUAAACACCAUCAACCCAAUAGACACCAUUAACCCAAUAAACACCAUCAGCCCAUUAGACACCAUUAACCCAAUAGACACCAUCAGCCCAAUAGACACCUUCAGCCCAAUAGACACCAUCAACCCCAUAGACACCAUCAGCCCAAUAUACACCAUUAACCCAAUAAACACCAUCAGCCCAAUAGACACCAUCAGCCCAAUAGACACCAUCAGCCCAAUAGACACCAUCAGCCCGAUAGACACCAUCAGCCCGAUAGAAACCAUCAGCCCGAUAGACACCAUCAACCCGAUAGACACCAUCAACCCAAUAGACACCAUCAACAUAAUAGACACCAUUAACCCAACAGACACCAUCAACCCAAUAGACACCAUCAACCCAAUAAACACCAUCAACCCCAUAGACACCAUCAGGCCAAUAGACACCAUCAACCCCAUGGACACCAUCAACCCAAUAGACACUAUUAACCCCAUAGACACCAUCAACCCCAUAGACACCAUCAACCCAAUAAACACCAUCAACCCAAUAGACACCAUUAACCCAAUAAACACCAUCAGCCCAUUAGACACCAUUAACCCAAUAGACACCAUCAGCCCAAUAGACACCUUCAGCCCAAUAGACACCAUCAACCCCAUAGACACCAUCAGCCCAAUAUACACCAUUAACCCAAUAAACACCAUCAGCCCAAUAGACACCAUCAGCCCAAUAGACACCAUCAGCCCAAUAGACACCAUCAGCCCGAUAGACACCAUCAGCCCGAUAGAAACCAUCAGCCCGAUAGACACCAUCAACCCAAUAGACACCAUCAACAUAAUAGACACCAUUAACCCAACAGACACCAUCAACCCAAUAGACACCAUCAACCCAAUAAACACCAUCAACCCCAUAGACACCAUCAACCCCAUAGACACCAUCAACCCAAUAGACACCAUUAACCCCAUAGACACCAUCAACCCCAUAGACACCACCAACCCCAUAGACACCAUCAACCCAAUAUACACCAUUAACCCAAUAAACACCAUCAACCCAAUAAACACCAUCAACCCCAUAGACACCAUCAGCCCAAUAGACACCAUCAAUCCCAUAGACACCAUCAACCCAAUAGACACUAUUAACCCCAUAGACACCAUCAACCCCAUAGACACCAUCAACCCAAUAGACACCAUUAACCCAAUAAACACCAUCAACCCAAUAGACACCAUUAACCCCAUAGACACCAUCAACCCAAUAGACACCAUUAACCCAAUAAACACCAUCAACCCAAUAGACACCAUUAACCCCAUAGACACCAUCAACCCAAUAGACACCAUCAACCCCAUAGACACCAUCAGCCCAAUAUACACCAUUAACCCAAUAAACACCAUCAGCCCAAUAGACACGAUUAACCCAAUAGACACCAUCAGCCCAAUGGACACCAUCAGCCCAAUAGACACCAUCAACCCCAUAUACACCAUCAGCCCAAUAUACAUCAUUAACCCAUUAAACACCAUCAGCCCAAUAGACCCCAUUAACCCAAUAGACACCAUCAGCCCAAUAGACACCAUCAGCCCAACAGACACCAUCAACCCAAUAGACACCAUCAACCCCAUAGACACCAUCAGCCCGAUAGACACCAUCAGCCCAAUAGACACCAUCAACCCCAUAGAAACCAUCAACCCCAUAGACACCAUCAGCCCAAUAUACACCAUCAACCCCAUAGACACCAUCAGCCCAAUGGACACCAUCAACCCCAUAGACACCAUCAACCCAAUAGACACCAUCAACCCCAUAGACACCAUCAAUCCCAUAGACACCAUCAACCCAAUAUACACCAUUAACCUAAUAAACACCAUCAACCCAAUAAACACCAUCAACUCCAUAGACACCAUCAGCCCAAUAGACACCACCAACCCCAUAGACACCAUCAACCCAAUAGACACUAUUAACCCCUUAGACACCAUCAACUCCAUAGACACCAUCAACCCAAUAAACACCAUCAACCCAAUAGACACCAUUAACCCAAUAAACACCAUCAACCCAAUAGACACCAUUAACCCCAUAGACACCAUCAACCCAAUAGACACCAUCAACCCCAUAGACACCAUCAGCCCAAUAUACACCAUUAACCCAAUACACACCAUCAGCCCUAUAGACACCAUCAGCCCAAUAGACACCAUCAACCCCAUAGACACCAUCAGCCCAAUAUACACCAUUAACCCAAUAAACACCAUCAGCCCAAUAGACACCAUUAACCCAAUAGACACCAUCUGCCCAAUAGACACCAUCAGCCCAAUAUACACCAUCAACCCAAUAGACACCAUCAACCCCAUAGACACCAUCAGCCCGAUAAACACCAUCAGCCCAAUAGACACCAUCAACCCCAUAGACACCAUCAACCCCAUAGACACCAUCAGCCCAAUAUACACCAUCAACCCCAUAGACACCAUCAGCCCAAAAGACACCAUCAACCCCAUAUACACCAUCAACCUAAUAGACACCAUCAACCCCAUAGACACCAUCAUCCCCAUAGACACCAUCAGCCCAAUAGACACCAUCAACCCCAUAGACACCAUUAACCCAAUAGACACCAUCAACCCCAUAGACACCAUCAGCCCAAUAGACACCAUCAACCCCAUAGACACCAUCAACCCAAUAGACACCAUCAACCCCAUAGACACCAUCAGCCCGAUAGACACCAUUAACCCCAUAGACACCAUUAACCCAAUAGACACCAUCAACCCCACAGACACCAUCAACCCAAUAGACACCAUCAGCCCCAUAGACACCAUUAGCCCAAUAGACACCAUUAACCCAAUAGACACCAUCAACCCCAUAGACACAAUCAGCCCAAUAGACACCAUCAACCCCAUAGACACCAUCAGCCCAAUAGACACCAUCAGCCCAAUAGACACCAUCAACCCAAUAGACACCAUCAACCCCAUAGACACCAUCAUCUCAAACGUCCACGGACCCCCCGCCCCCAACCACACCUGGUAAUAAAACGCAUUCGCAUGUCUCUACAUACCAGGAAUAACAAAAAAAAUAUGUUAUGGGAACAUAAAAAGGGAUUUUUUUUGCUAGUUUUUUUUAAGGGGGUGGUAUUUAGAUCUUAGGUUUAGGGUAUUUUAAUCCGGGUUGUUUAUCGAAACUGAAUUUGCAUAUGAAAUUGUCAAAAGUUAAAUGUACGCAUUAAUGUCAGAAACAAAAAGGUAUUAACCAUUGUCAUUGCUUCCGGAUCUGCCUGUAUUUGCAUCACAGCCGCGGUAACCACCUGAAGGAACACUUCUUCUCAUUAUUAAUUCGUGCGGCUGAUACAGACGCAGAGCAACAGCUGCACUUUCACACCCGGGCGGGUUCAAGCCAGACGACCGCGUCAGAAGCAGCGUGGAUCUCUCCUUCGUAUCUGUGGAUCAGGCCAUUGCGUCGUGAUGCGUUGUACGGCCUCCACUCUGGAUGACCACAGCACGCACGCCCUGCACUCGACGGACAGAGUUAGAUCCGCCCCUUCCACCCUCCACCCGCUCGUUUUGUAAUUCUGAAUCGCACAAGCCACGGCCGGAAUUUUCUAACUACUUCGAUUUUACCAGGUAAGGCACACUGAGCUGCACAGCUUUUUUUUUCAGAAGC